UCGGUAAAUGGGAGGAUGCCAACGAAGGAUGAAUUAGCUGAGUGGCAAAGCCAUGAGUGGGAGCUCUACUUGGAUAACUUGCCGAAAUCCAUUGAAGUUUCUCAGAUCUUAGCCUUGGAUUUGCCGUACAAGCUAUCUGAAUCAAAAGAUUAUGAAGUCAAAGUGUCGUUUCUCCAAAGGGCUAUUUCAUGUGGAUGCAAAACUUACUAUAGUGAAGUGGAGAAAACCUUAAAAGAAGUUGGAAGGAUGAAGUAUCUUCGACCACUUUACACUGCCCUUGUGAAAGACAGUGGCAGUGAAGAAGACAAAGUGUUUGCCAAAAUACUUUUUUCGGAGGCCCGUGAGUGUUACCAUCCUAUUGCUCAAGGUGUUGUUGAGUCCAUUUUUGCUAAGUACACUUAG